AUGGAGGCUGUGGCCAGCAUUGGCCUGACGGCUCCUGCCGCAGGCCUCGCCGCUGCAAGUUGCAAGAAGCGAGUAACCCUAUCGUCAACUUCCGCUCACUUCGGCCCGAUCGCCUCGUCGGCCAAGGCCUCUUCUCAACGUCGCUCUCAGGAUCGCGCGCUUUCGGCCAACAGCUUUAAGGCUGACGUCUCAUCCCUCGUCGCGGAGACCCCGAGGCGGAGGCACCACUCCCGCCGGCCAAUCUCCGUCCGCGCGAACGCCGCUGCAGCCGCCGCUGAUUCCGGCGAGCCUGCCGGAUCGAUUGCGAAGGCCCCUUCCAAGUUUCUCGGCGUGGAGGUGAUCACAUUGAAGAAGAUCAUCCCGCUCGGUAUCAUCUUCUUCUGCAUCCUUUUUAACUACACCAUCCUCCGUGACACCAAGGACGUGCUCGUCGUGACGGCGCCCGGAAGCGGUGCUGAGAUCAUUCCGUUUCUGAAGACAUGGGUGAAUCUGCCCAUGGCGAUCGGCUUCAUGCUGCUGUACGGCCAGAUGGCCAACGUGCUCAGCAAGCAGGCGCUCUUCUACACCUGCAUCAUCCCCUUCCUCGCCUUCUUCGGAAGCUUCGCGUUCGUGAUCUACCCACUGCGCAACGUGCUGCAUCCGACGGCGUUCGCGGAGCACCUGCUGUCGGUGAUGGGCCCGCGAUUCAUGGGGCCGAUCUCCAUCCUGCGCAACUGGUCCUUCUGCCUCUUCUACGUCAUGGCCGAGCUCUGGGGCAGCGUCGUCGUCUCUGUCCUCUUCUGGGGCUUCGCCAACCAGAUCUGCACUGUAGAUGAGGCGAAGCAGUUCUACCCGCUGUUCGGGCUGGGCGCCAACGUGGCGCUCAUCUUCUCCGGCCGCACCGUGAAGUACUUUUCGGAGCUGCGCGGGCAGUUGCCGCCCGGCGUGGACGGGUGGGGCAUGUCGCUGCAGGGCAUGAUGUCGAUCGUGGUGGCGUUCGGGCUCGUCAUCUGUGCCGUGUACUGGUGGGUCGACCGCAACGUCGUCAACGACCCCUCGCUGCCCAAGGGCGUCGCCAAGAAGAAGAAGUCGAAGCCGAAGAUGAGCAUGGGCGAGUCGCUCAAGUUCCUGUUCAGCUCUCGCUACGUGCGCGACCUCGCGACUCUCGUCGUGGCGUACGGAAUCUCCAUCAACCUCGUUGAGGUCACCUGGAAGAGCAAGAUCAAGGCCCAGUUCCCGAACCCCAACGACUACUCGGCGUUCAUGGGCGAUUUCUCGUCCAUGACGGGCAUUGUCACGUUCGCCAUGAUGCUCCUCUCGCGCGUCAUCUUCCGCAAGUACGGCUGGGGCACUGCCGCGCUCAUCACUCCCACCGUUCUCCUCCUCACUGGCGUCGCCUUCUUCGGCCUCGUGCUCUGCGGCGGCCCUCUCACGCCCGCGCUCGCGAGCAUCGGCAUGACGCCGCUGAUGGCCGCGGUUUAUGUCGGUGCGGCGCAGAACAUCUUCAGCAAGAGCGCCAAGUACAGCCUGUUCGACCCCUGCAAGGAGAUGGCGUACAUUCCUCUGGACGAGGAGACCAAGGUGAAGGGCAAGGCUGCCAUUGACGUGGUGUGCAACCCUCUGGGCAAGUCCGGUGGCGCUCUGAUCCAACAGUUCCUGAUCUUCGCGUUUGGGUCGCUGGCCAACUCGACGCCGUACCUGGGAGCUAUUCUGCUGGGUAUUGUGGUGGCGUGGCUGGCGGCUGCGAGGUCGCUGGACGCGCAGUUCACCCCGCUCGCGGCGGAGGAGCUCCAGGAGAAAAAGGCCGAGGCGGAGGAGAACAAGCCCGAAGAGGUUGAGCUCAAGUUUGUGAGUUCCAUCAACGACAAGGGCUUCAUUGAGGGCAAGUAUGUGCCUGUCUCAGAGGAUGAUGGCAAGACCCCCCCUGCUGCUUGA